GAAUCCACCUUGGGUAUCAGAUGUAGAAGUCGUGUUCGAUUGGUGUUAAAGCAUCCGAUAACACUGCUUUAAUACAGCGAUGUCUGUCUGCUAGAUCUGCGCUAAAAUGCAGUGCGACGUUAGAACUAUUUUCUGAAGCAAACCCCUAAAAUAUUCUAAAUAAACCCUAGCGCGGGGCGUGGAUGUAGUGAAGAGGCAGCGCGAAAUCGUAAAUUUUUGUUUAGUGGCCACCAUCCUUCAAUCAACAGCAAAGCACGUGGUGGGAUAAAAAUGUCGAACAAAGUUGUUAAUAUUGUCUGUCAGACUUCUAGCGAGAACCAUCCGGUGAUACUGGAAAACUACGAAACUUAUCUCGAGCCCCGGCAGCAUGACAUGAAGUGUUUGCUAGCGUAUGACCCCACCAUCUCGAAGGUGGACGACAAGGUCGGCAACAUGUUGCUGGUAUCUGGUGAGAAGAAGCUGUACAUCGGGCAGAUUCACGUUCCGACCGACGACACACUUGAAUCGGCGCCGGCCGACUUGCUGCGUACGUACGUGGCCCGACGCAACAAGGAAACGGGCAAAAUGCGGCUAUACGAGGUGCGAGCCACCACUCUGAAGCACAUCAGUCUGGACCGACCGGCAGGUGACGGACAGACUACUGCCGAGUUGGACUUGCGACAGCUGCUACGACUGCAGAGCAAAUUUAAUGCCCGGCUGGGCCGUCGAAACCUCCUCCUGAUGAACAAGCGAAUGGACAUGUCAGUGAUGGAAGAGAAGCUGGAGCGAACAAUUGCCGAGACGGUGCCGAAGGAGCCGUCUGCAACGGCGGCAUCGUCCGAGGGUACUGUAACGGACCUGUCCUCACAGUCCGGCAACACGAUGGGCGAUGUACUGCAGAGCGAGCUGCUAGCCAAAUCAAAGCCGGACGCAAAAUCGCUCCGAGAUCUUUACGAUGCCAAGCAGCUUAUAGGGUUGGAAGUGUGGCAAAAACUUCUGGAACCGGCCCGGCAGCUGCUGCAGGUACCUGUCGAGGACUUGCAGAUGGCUAAUGCUUACCUCGAAAACAAGGUGAAGGCGGCAAUGCAGUCGAGCGAACCGGCAGACCAAGCAAACUUAGCCACCGUCCGGAUCUGUCUGUACAUGGACGUGUUGGUCCGGCUGCUUGGCCCCAAGGCAUAUCAAAUGGCAUUUAAACAGGAGCACCUCUCGGUCUUUACCAAUGUGCUCGACGAGCCGAUCCGGCACAGCUUCCUGCAGUCCGUUCGGAAGGAGACGAGCACGCGCUUCCAGGUGACGAAGUACACGCACAUCAAGGCGCUCAUGUACUAUCUGGCUCUUGCGUUUGCGAUGGAGGGGCAAGAAGCGCUGGUUGUGGAAACGCUGCACAGAUCGCUGGGUGUACCGCGAAGCCAGCUGUUAAUGUACGGACGUGCUGUCGGUGCACGGUACAACGCAAAAAGUGAUCAGUUUACACUUGGUACGAGACAAAUGAGUGACAAGAGUGAGCAGCUGGCGGACAUGUUAGCUGGACAUAGACGGGGUGUCAAACGAUCGCGUCAAAAUUGAUAGUUAAGCAUAACCGUAUUAAUACACGAUGCGCAAUCUCAGAUUGCGCAUAUAUUCGUUUUAUCAAAACAUAUGUCAUUUCGCGUAGCCAACCCUGAGCUAUAAACGUCAUUUCCAUACAAUUUCA